AUGCAGAGGAAGACAUCGCGGAAGCAAAUGAUUGGCCGAGCGAAUGUGGGGAAGAGCAGCCUGUACAAUCGAUUUUUGGUGGCGACUGGGAUACCAGCCUCUCACCCGACGCAUUCCCAGCUUGCUAUUGUGGGCCCCGACCCUGGGACAACUCGCGACCGCAAGGAGUCUCUUUGCUCUUGGGGAUCACUGAAUUUACUGCUUGUGGACACACCCGGAAUUGAGACAGAUAUGGACGGUGCACCCUCCAAGUCAGUGGAAGAGAUAUGUGAACAAGCCGCUGGAGCACUAGAGACAUAUGACGUCGUUUUGUUCGUCGUUGAUGGCAAGGAGGGCAUCACGCCUAUUGAUGAAAUGCUUGCGAAGCAGCUGCUGGUAGUCACGAAGGAGAAACCAAAAACUCAAGAGCAUGCUAAAUGCCCCACCGAGGAGCACAUGGCUACGCCUUCAGCCAGUUCAAGCAGGUCUCCAUCAAUCAUCCUCGUGCUGAACAAGACAGAAGGGAUACGGGGGGCGGAAUGCAUAGGAGAGGCCUACGAACUGCAGCUGGGCCACCCCGUAGCAGUGUCUACGAGAACAAAGCAAGGCUUCGACGAAUUAUAUGAACGAGUUAAGGAAGCACUUGAAGAACGAGAGCAGCUCCAACGCAUUCCAUCAGUGUCUCUGGAGCACCAGAAUAUGAGAGAUGUCUCUCACAGGAAUGCGGCUGCAACGGAAGCGUGGCUUCAAGGAUUAUCUCGACGAUACGGCCGUGGUGUGCAACCAGCAUUAGCCUAUAACCAGGCACUGGGAGGGUACUUACACUUGCCGUGGUCGCUGAAAAAGGCACAGGUCGACGGUGCUCCCUCUGAAGAGGCCGAGCAGCUCGAAGAGACGCAAGGCGCUGGCGAGAAACCAAGACAAAAUAUGUUGCAGAGACAGGAGACAUCUGGCGAGCAGGGAGACAGUGGAGUCAUGCCGCUUCAUGACGCUGGAAAGCAGGAACCUCACGACAAAUUUGUUGCCUCUCCCGAAGUUGAAUCCACUUGGGCUUCUCAAGAGAAGGAGAGUGAAGGCCCCAUUCGAAUAACAUUCAUUGGAAGGCCAAACGCUGGCAAGUCCAGUCUUAUCAAUUCUAUCUUGAAGGAGAACCGACUAAAAGCGAGCGCGACGCCCGGUACCACGACCGACUCGAUUUGCAUCAAUUUCUGUUUCAAGAAGCAACAGAUGGCUUUAAUUGAUACAGCAGGAGUUACUAGAGGCUGGAAGAUGCGGGGAGACGACAUGCUGCAGCAAGCGUCAUUGCAAACUAUGCGUAACAUCCGCGGCUCGGACGUGUGCAUCCUAUGCCUUGAUGCCGCCCGUAUAGAAGAGACCGGUAACUUAAGUUCCCAUGACUUGUCACUGGCAAACUUGGCAACUGAGAAGGAGGGGCGCAGCUUGGUGGUAUGCGUUACGAAGUGGGACCUAGUGGAUCUAAACAAGCAAAGCCACGUGCGACGUUUGGUACUCGACCGCCUGCAAACUGGACUAGGCCAUCUGAAGUCCUGCCCCGUGGUUUUCACAUCCGCCACUCAGGCGCAGAAUCUGAACACCUUGCUGAACAAAUCCUGCCUGGUGUAUAGCAAGUGGUGCAGCCGCGUUUCCACUGGCACUUUAAACUCGUGGCUUCAGCAGUACACCGCGCACUGGCCCCCACCGUGGAGGCUGGGGUCGCAAUGCCAAGUGAAGUACAUCACUCAGGUUCAGACGAAACCGCCAACGUUCGUUGCAUGGUCAAACGUGUACUCUCACUUCCCAACACACUAUAAACGACAGCUGAUCAAUGCGAUCAGGGAGGAAUUUGAUAUGAAGGGCAUUCCAGUUCGCCUGGUGCUCCGUACAACUGCAAUGCCCAAGCCUGGAGCAAAGCUCACGAAGGCAGAAGCGCUGAAGUGGAAGAGAUUGGGGCCUCAUCAGUAUCUGGCGGCGACAAAACUCUCUCGGAAGUACGUGGUGAAGAAGGGCGUACGGUAA